GGAAAUUCUGGUCUGGACAAUUCAGAGUCACUCCAGCUGAAGCCUGCAUGAGCGUUUGCCAUUGGAGUUCUGGACAAGAAUGGCCGCCAUGAAUGACCUGGUGCCUCUCGGGCGCCCCAAGACGAAGCACAACGCUCUGGGGGGCUUUGGAGCGCAGAGAACAGGCACGGUCAAGCCUAAAGAGGAGAGCAAGCCGCCACCUCAGCUGCCACCUUUGCAGCAAUUGGGGCCUGCAUGUGAGCGGUGUGGUGUCAGCAAGGACCUGUACGGAAGCCAGUGUGGCCACUUGACACUGUGCCAGGCCUGCGGGAAGGCACUGAAGCUGGAGGGAGCUCCCUGCAAAAGCUGCGGAGAGAAACUGGACAAGCUGGUCAGAGAGUAUGCCAUUUCCUCUAUCCACCACCCGCGCAGCCACUUCAUCGCAAAGUACCCCGACGGAUCAACGCCACCCCCCCUGAACAACCGCAAGCGCUGGUUCAUGCAGCGGGACGCGCCGGACGGCCGUCCAACCGGGCCCGACGCACGUGAGAAGCUUAAAGGUCUCCGGUGGAUAAUGGGGGACAUGACUGAGAAGAAUAUCUUUAAAGGUUCCCUGGAGGGCGGUCAGCAGGCCAGCUACAUGGCACUCAUCAUGGCCGACAACAAGCUGACGACCUUCCCAAUCUCGUCAUGGUACAAUUUCCGCCACCAGAUCAGCCUCAAGACGCGCACGCUCGAGGAAGCCGAAGAGCACAUGAAGCGGCGCGAGCAAAGCUCCACCACUUACCAGCAAUGGAUGCUCCGCACCGCCAAUUCGGGCACCGGCGCGUUUCCCGUGCAAAACGGGGGGGGCGCCGGCAGGGGAACGGUGCCGAGGGAAGAGGGGGGGGCGGUGAGCGAUGACGACGGACAGGAGGAUGCGCGCAGGACACGGCCGGCGAGGCGGGACGAGGACGGGGAUGAAGAGGCGGGGCGGGGGGAGGACUGGGAGCACGACGAGGCCUUUUCGGACGACGACGAGGCGCCUGGGACCGGCGAGCCGGAAGAGCGGGAGGAGCAAGAGCAGGACAAGAAGGCACCGCCACCGAAAGAGAUGCAGGAGGAGUUGGAGGGGCAGCGCAGCGACAGCGAGGGCGAGGGCAGCGGCGAGGGCAAGCAGCUGCAACGGCUGCUCAAAGAGACGGGAGAAGGGGACGACGACGAAGAAGAGGAAGAAGAGGAGGAUGAAGACGAGGAGGAGAACGAGGACCUGCUAGAAAAGAUCGGCGCGCUCGGCGCGGGAGCGGAAUCGCGGCCGGCGCCGAAAGCGCGCGAGGCUUCCGUCGAGCCCGGGGCCGGAGCGGGCCCCAGCGGACGGCCGGGCACGGCGGGGGGCAAGCGGAAGGAUAUGGCGGGACCCCCCCAGGCCGCGCAGAAGAAGCAGAAAGUGGAGACGGCACCGAAACCUCCGGUCGCCGCCCCAGCCGGCCCGAGCAAACCGCCGGCGGCCGCGCCGAAGGCCGCGGAGAAGCCGGCCAACCCGCGCAUGCUGACGGUGGAGUUCCUGAAGGAGACGCUGCGGGAGACGGGGCCUAUGACGCUGAAAGACUUGCUGGCGCUGCUCAAGAAGAGGAACUGCAACCCGCAAACCAAAGAGGAAAAGGACAACCUGCAAGCCGUCAUCAAGAAGGCGGUCAGCGUGGAGAAGAUCAACGGAGUCAGCAUGCUUCGUGCGAAGAACUAAUGCGGGUCCAGGUUCGGAUGGUUGGUUUCAACCGUUCGCUAGCAACUUGACCGAUUUGCUCCAUGGUCGGUGAGAAGCCACCAGAGAAAAGUGCGCCAAAGCAGAAUUCGCAAGGCAACAAAAGGUUGCCAGUGGGGCGGCAAGAUGAGGUGGAGGUGCAGUGCGUCGUCUUUGGAAGGCAAGCGCCUCAAGUCGAGCAGGAUCAAGCACGGAAGAUCAAUACUGCGUAGUUUGGUGGGGCAUUCAAGCGACCAGUGCGGCGGUGACCUUUGUGAAUGAGAGUACUGGUUUAAGUCCUUCAAGAGAAGGUAGCGCCAGGCUGGACAUUGACAAACGAGUGCUUUACUUUCUGCUUGAGGGGAAGCUUUGGCUUUCAAACUGAGAGCGAGUAGUGGUACCUAACUUCUUGUGCGAAGUGCGAAUUGGUGAAGUAAAGAAAAUCUGGAGAGGGGAUUCGUUGAAUGGAUGCAAGAGAACCUUUUACAACUGAGGAAUGCAAGUGAUCCUUUGUACUGAAAAUUUCUCGUGCCGUGACCUGAUCGUGC